AUGGCAUCUUAGCUAGAGGAUCGUUAGUAAGGAAAUUUUUCUGAUUUUGGAAUUACAGCAAAAGAAUUAUCGUAAAUAAUAUAAAGAAUAAAUAGGAACUGGUUUAUCUAAGAUAAUUUGAGAGAUGGUACAAGUUUGUAAUCUUUGUUGAGAUAUGGAAAAAUAGAAGGUUUGAUGAAGAUUUUGAAAACAGAUAGAUAAGUAUAUAAAAUGAGUAUAUAUGUAGAAUGGAUUAGAUGAUAACAAUAUAAAUGAUAUGGAAUUAAGAAGGAAGAAGUACAUAAUUAUAAUAAUUAAAAUUAUAGUUUUGGUGAUAAUUAAGCUUUCAUAAAAAAACAUAAGAGCUUUUUAGAUUUUGUAAAAACAAUAAAUUAAUUGAAUAGAUGUAUGAAAACUUUUAAGAUUAGAUGCUAAGAUUUUUAUGUUAUAUAGCAAUAGCAAAUAUAAUAUUAGGAUUAUGGAUAGAAGGAUAGGUAGAAAUUAUAAUAUAAAAAAUAAAAUUAGGGAUGUAUAGAUGAAUUAGCAAUUUUGAUUGGAGUUUUAAUAAUAGUAUUAGUGUUAGCAGGAAACUGUUAUGUAAAAGAUUAAAAGUUUAAAAGAAUGGAUGUUAUAAUCAAAAAUAGAAAUGUAAAUGUAAAGAGAAGAGGUAAAACAGUGAGUAUAAAUAUUGAUAAAUUGGUUGUGGGUGAUAUUAUGAUAAUAGACACAGGUGAAAAAAUACCAGUGGAUGGAAUAGUUAUUGAAUCAAGUGAUUUAAGAGUUGAUGAGUCAUCAAUUAAUGGAGAAAGUAAAUUAAUUAAAAAGAAUAUUCCAAUUAUUUAUUAAUAGAAUGAAAAAGUCAGUCCAUUUUUAAUUAGUGGAUCAUCUAUUAUAGAAGGUAUAGGUAAAAUGUUAGUAUUGGCAGUUGGAGAACACUCAUAAUUAGGAUUUGCAAAGAAAUUAAUGAAUUCAGAAUAAUAAUUUGAUUCAAUAUUAUUAUAAGAGAAACUUAAUACUUUGGCAGAUUAAAUUGGUGAAUAUGGAUUAAAAACUGCUAUUAUUACAUUUCUUGUAAUGAUAUUUCAUUAAUUCUAUGAUGCAAUUUUCAAUUAAUAUCCAUUAUUUUCACUUUCUGCUUUAAAAGAUUUAUUUAAUUCUUUUAUUUUUUCAAUAACAAUUAUUAUAGUUUCUGUUCCAGAAGGAUUAACUUUGUUUCUUACAACAAUUUUUGCAUAUUCCAUUUUCAAAAUGAAAGAUCAAAAUAAUCUUUUAAAAUAAUAUUCUGCUUUUGAAGCUAUGGGUAGUAUAAAUAAUAUAUGUUGUGGAGAAACUGGAAUAUUUACAGAUAAUAAAUUAAAUGUUACUAAUUUAUUUAUUGAAGAUAAAGAUUUUAAUAUUAAUAAAUUAGAUCUUUAAUCUAUUAACAUUAAUACUUUAGAAUUAUUAUGUGAAAGUAUCUGCAUAAAUUCAAUGGUUUCUUAAUUAAUAGAUGAUGUAAAUACAAGUGAAUAUAGAAUUGAUUAUAUAGAAUAUGCUUUAAUAGAAAUGUGUUAUAAAUUUGGAUAUGAUUAUAAACAAAUAAGAUAAAAAAUGAGUGGAAAAAUAAUACAUAAAUUGCCUUUUGGUGAAUAGAAAAUAAAAAUGACAACAAUAUUAGAUAAGGGAGAUGGAGAUUAAUACAAAAUUUAUACAAAAGGAGCGCCAGAAAUGCUUUUAGAUAAAUGUUCUCAUUACAUAAAUGAAUAAGGAAAAGUUGUAGGGUAUAAUUAAUAAAAUAUUUAGGAUUACAAAUGACUACAAAUAGAAAUUAAAUACUAUAAUAUAGAAUUAUGGAUAAUAAUAAAUAAAAUCAAUAUUAUUAUUAUUUAGAGAUGUAUUUAAAAUAGAAGAAUUUGAUCAUUUAUAAGAGUAGAUAGAUAAAUCUUAUACAAUAAUAGGAUUAAUAGGAUUAUAAGUAUAAUUAAAAGAUGAAAUAAUAAAUACAGUAUAAUAAUGUAAUUAGGCAGGAGUAAUAGUGAGAUUAAUUAGUGGAGAUAAUAUAGAUACAGCUAUUGCAAUAUCUAAGAAAGUUGGAAUAUUACCAUAGAAUUAUGAAUAUCAUAAAGAUUGUUUAACAGUAAUGGAAGGAGAUAAUUUUAAGUAAAUGAUAGAAGGAUUAAUUUUGGAUGAAUAAAAUGAACUAAAAAUAAAAAAUGUGUAGAAUUUCUAAAAAAUAAUAAAAGAUUUAAGAGUAUUAGUAAGAUCAUCUCCAGAAGAUAAAUAUUGUUUAAUAACAGGUUUAAAAUAACUUGAAAAUGUUGUAGCAAUGAUAGGAGAUUAAAUAAAUGAUGUAUAAUCAUUAAAAAAAGCAGAUGCAGGUUUAACAAUGGAUAUAUCUGGAACAUAAGUUGUUAAAGAAGCAGCUAGUAUUAUACUUUUAGAUAAUAAUUUUACUUCUAUUAUUACAAGUAUGAAAUGGGGUAGAAAUCUAUUCGAUUGUUUAAGAAAAUUCUUAAUAUUUUAAAUUACUAUAAAUAUUGUAACUGUUUUAAUAGCAUCUUUAGGAGAAAUAUUCUUAAAAGAAUCACCAUUAAAUAAUAUAUAAAUGUUAUGGAUUAGUCUAAUUAUGGAUACUAUUGCUUCUAUUGCUUUAGCAACUGAACCUCCUUCUAAUUAAAUAUUAUUAACAGAUAAACCAUUUAAUAGAAUGGAUAACAUAAUUACACCUGAAAUGAUAAAAACUAUUCUAUGUUAAGCAACUUUCUAAAUCUUUAUUCUUUUUAUUAUACUAUUCUAUGGAGAUUCCAUAUUUAAUAUUCAAUCUAGUUAUAGAUACAAUUUAAUCAUUAAAGAAUAUAAGUAAUUAUAAUUCUUAUCUAUAGCCCUAUUUAUCAAUAACAUUAUACUAUCUUCUUUAAUAUCUUUAUAUUUCUAACAAUAUUCAAUUUAUUCAAUGUAAGAAGAUACAAAAAAAUUGAAUUAAAUAUAUUCUAAGGAAUCCUUGAUAACUAUUUAUUCUUAUGCAUUAUUCUUAUAACCAUAAUUGUAUAAAUCAUUAUUAUGUAAUCUAUUAUCUUUCAUUUAUUAGAUAAUUUGGUGGAAGAGCUAUUAAAGUUGCUCCUUUAGAUUUUACUCAACAUAUUCUUUGUAUUUUAAUAGGAAUGUUCAGUUUUGAAGUUGGAUUCUUAAUUAAAUUUAUACCAAAUCAUUACUUUCAAUUCCUUAAAAUAUUUAAACAAUAAAUUUCUGUUGAAGAAGAUCAAGAAACUAUUCCACUUAUUAGUGAUUAUUAAAAAAAUUAAAUUAAAGCCUGA